AUGUUCAAAUCCUGCAACUACUGCCGGCACAGGAAGAAGAAGUGUGCUUUGGAAGGCCCGUGGGCUAGCCGUUGCACGGAAUGCGAGCACCUAGACCUGAUCUGUGAGUUUAGUCGGCGUCAACCCAGCCAGAAACGUCGUCAAACCUCCCAGCGCAUAGCAUCGAGAGUCUCGGCUGCCGCUGCGGUGUCAACACCGAGGGUGAACGGGGACCGUCCAUGGGCCAGUACGGGAAGUGUUGUAUCGGUUGUCAAAGAUGGUGAUAGUCAGGUGAACCCUGCGGACACCAAUUAUCCCCAUGGGCAGAAGAUCAUUCUGAAAGAUGACGCCCCACUUGUGUUCAACUCGACGGCGAAAGUGUAUCGGAACUACGUACAACCACUGACUCCAUUUGUACCAUCCGAGAUGAUCCACGAGCUAAACGAGAACUGGGAUCCAAUACUACAGCAAUGUGUUGAGCUAGCUGCUGGUAUCUGGUUGCAUACCGUGCCACAAGCAGCCGUGCCACAACAGGCUGGUCAUGCGUUGAAAUCUAUAACGCAAGGCGAUAUGACUCUACCGUGCCUCACUGGCGUUCUUCUGAUGAUUCUCCGAUUUCCUGUUGAUAGUGAUUGCAUACAGUGGGUAAGUCAUCGGUUGAGCCUCGUGUCUUCUUCUCCUCGGUAUUAA